UUUAUAUCAUAUUUCUAAGCUCUAGACAAAAUGGCUGCCAAACUGUAGGAGGUCCGAAAGAAAGGGCACACAAAAAUUCUUGAAGUAUGGUGUUGUUGAAACUAAAGUUCCCCUUCCAAAAGAGGGUGCGUCUGGCCCAGGGUCUCUGGCUGCUUUCUUGGGUAGCUAUGUUCUCUGGAGCAAUCACCUUUGCAUUGGGAGUCUUCCUCAAAACUGAGCUACAUCGCAGAUCAGAGGUGAUGCACAGUAUGGACAUCCACAUUGUGCCAAAUCUGCUGAUGGCAGUAGGACUAGCAUCAGUGGGGAUCAACAUCUGUGCUGGUAAAGUCUGCCAGGACUCCUUGGACCCUUCACGCUUUCCACGCUGGAAGACAUUUCUUCCUCCAUUCUUCUGCAUUUCCAUCUUCUUCACCUUCCUGCUAAUGGUCGCCGUGAUUCUGAGCUACGCCCUGCAGCCCAGUCUGGAGGAGUCUCUGAAAAUUGGCCUGAAGAACGGCAUUAGUUUCUACAAGGACACAGACACACCAGGCCGUUGCUUCCAGAAAGAGACCAUUGACCGUUUACAGAUUGAGUUCCUGUGCUGUGGCAAUACCAACUACAGAGACUGGUUUGAGGUGCAGUGGAUCAGCAACCGUUAUCUGGACUUUACAUCCAAAGAAGUGAAAGAUCGUGUGAGGAGUAAUGUGGACGGCCGUUAUCUGUUAGACGGCGUUCCAUUCAGCUGCUGUAACCCUGCCUCCCCCCGCCCCUGUAUCCAGUACAGUCUCCUGGACAACUCCGCCCAUUACAACUAUGAGUAUCAGACUGAGGAGCUGAACCUACACAACCGAGGUUGCCGCCAGGCUCUGGUCAGCUACUACAUGGGUUUAAUGAACACCAUUGGCCCUGGUGUUCUGUCCGUUUUCCUUCUCCAGAUGACCAUGCUGGUGAGCUUGCGCUAUCUGCAGACUGCAAUGAAGCCUGUGUUGGGACAGGAGAAUGUGGAGAUCGAGACAGAGGGUUACAUCCUGGAGAAGGGAGUGAAGGAGAGCUUGUUAGAGAUGAAAACGAAGGUGAUGAAAAUAAUCCGGUUCACUCAGGUGGGCGAUGCAUCUGCUAAGGCCCUGACCACAGACCCAGAGGCAGCAGCUACAACUUCGGCCCCAGAAAAGGCAGCCACUCCUCCCGGCUAAAUGACUAACUGUAAUUAUUUAUAAUGAGAUUCAUGUAUAGAUUGAAGCCCUCACACUGUCUCGCAAGACUUUGCAUGCAACAUUUAUGCAUUGUGUUUAUUUGGUGUCCUGCAGCAACCCUAGCCUUUAGCUUGGACCUGGAAUCAGUAAAUGUGAAUCUUGCAAGGGUUUCACAGAACAAGGUUUGCCAUCUAGACACAACCUACAAUAAGUGUACAAGCGCACAUGAGGGACAUCUCUACAACACUCCUUGAUUCUUCAUCAUGCAGAAAGGGCAUUUUUAAUCAUAAAUAUUAUAUACAAUUGUUACUUCAUUACAUUAUGUUACAGGAGAUAAUACAUUUAUCCAAAUAUAUGAGGUAAAAAGCAAAAACUCUAACAAUAAAAGACUUUUCUCCCAUGAGAUUUAUUUACAAAGUACUACUCUAUUUUACAAUUAAAUUGUAUAUCACUCCAUUUGCUGUUUGCAGCUUUAUGCUUUGCUUAAAUAAACAAAAGUAGAGGUCUGAAAUGGCAGAAUGUCUGUGACAAAUAAAGAGUUUUUAA